UCGAAAGGGGGAAUGAGUGAGCGUGUCAGCUGUCCGACAUUAAAUUAUUUCCGGAGCUAGGCGUUUGAAGACCCUGAACAGUUGUAGACCGGAAUAGAUAUUACAGGUUUUGCUCGUAAAGAUUGCUCUUUCGCGGUGGAAUUGCAGUUGCAGCAACAUCGUUGGAGUGGAGUGUGCUGGACUGUCACACGUAUAGUGGGUGCGAGCUCAUUUCGGUGAUUCAAACCUCAGGCGUCGAGCGGCGUUCCGGGACCCGGGAGCGCAGAGGCACUUGAAUAAAACAGGCCAUCCGCCACAACAUUGGUCAUUGAUGUUGGCCCUCCGUUGUCGUUGAGCGCGCGGGCUCCUUCACUCCGUCCUUGCCUCCCUCCCUCCGAGGAUGCAUGAUUGCGGUAGCUCUCGAACUGUCCAGUGGAGUGAUGGUUGAGUCGAUUUAUGAUGCCUUCGAAGCCUCUCGUUGCCAGGAUCAGGCUCGAUUGACUAGAAUCUGGAGCAGGAAUUGGAGUGCUCGGUGCAGGGGCUGAAGCUUGGAUGCUCGUGUUGUGCCCUUCUGUUCUUCCAGGAAUAUCACACCGGUGUCUUUCAGCUGACCAGAGGACGGAUUCCUGACUGUACUCUACUGUAAGUUGUUUCCCUCUGAGGACGAGGAGCGGCAACAGUGCGCGCUACUGUUUGCAUGCGAUCUGGAGGAAUCACUGGAUCAAUUAGUGGCGGAGCUAGGAGGAAAUGUAUAUCUGUAGCCCGGGUUUCAGGAGCUGGCAUCUUCGGGUGGCACCUGGUCGAUUUUGUCUUACCAUUUUGAACGACGUCGUCGGCCAGAGAGAUUUUCCAGAUUGCUUCUCUAGCCCCUGACGACAGAGUGCCUGCGCCCACCGCUGUACAUAGACCGGCAAUCUUCGCGGGAUGCGGAAUCAUAUCAAAAAAUUAUCCAGCUGCGAAGCAAAAAGGCGGUGAUAAAUCAGCGCAGGCCGAAGUUUGAUCCAACAGGGCACACUUCUUCAAAAACAAUCAGAUAGAAUUUCUACAAGAAAAGGCAAAGCGGAAUCGAGGCCGGAGAUGCGAGUGAAGGUUGUGUACCGAAUGCAAACCUGUCAAAGCGCCUGCAAUUGCAGUUCUGAACGACGAUGUUAGCGUAGAAUGUACAACAACUGAGCGACCCGGGUUUCCACGUCGAUUUGUGAAAGGGCCUCUUUAGCGUCGAGGGCAGCAUUUUCCGCAGACCCAAGUAGAAUUGAAUCAUCAGAAAAAUUUAUUUUAGACGGGAAAAGCUGGUAGUGUGGAAAUUUGCGGAGGUCCACGAGCUCGCACAUCUUUCCUGCUGGAUUCCAGAGUAAACAAGAAAUCUUUCGCAGGUGUUAUCGAUCUCAUGUUCCCAACCAGACCAAAUUAGCGUCCACGGCAAGAGCACUCCAGAAUUUGACAUACUUCUCGGUGCCUGUGGUGAGGAAAAAUGUUCGUAGUAACAGAUAAAGCGAGCGCCAUUGCGCUGAUGAUCGUUUCGCUGUGGUGCCUCGGAUCGUGGCCGGCCUUCUUCAAUGUUCUGGAGCGCCGAGGCCGCCUUCCACAGCACACUUAUUUGGACUAUGCCAUCAGCACGUACUUGAUCGCGUGUUUUUUCGCCUUAACUCUUGGCCAGGCAGGGCCCAGCUCGCAAUCGUCCCCGAAUUUCAUCGACCAGUUGGGCCAGGAGAAUUUACCUUCAGUUUUGUUUGCCAUGCUUGGAGGCAUGGCUUUGUGCUUUGGAAAUAUAAGUAUGCAAUACUCUCUCGCUCUUGUGGGCAUUUCUUUGACGGAGGUUGUUUCGGCAAGUAUUGCUGUGGUCGGAGGAACUACCGUCAACUACUUUCUUGACGAAGGUUUGAACAAAGCGUCGAUAUUGUUCCCUGGUGUUGGCUGCUUUCUUGUGGCCGUGAUUAUUGGGUCAUUCUGCCAUGCCUCUAACGAUGCCGAUACGAAGGCCAAGUUUGUUCUUCCCUCCGAUGCGGGUCCUGCUUACAAAGCUCUUGCUGAAGAUGCACCAGAGAAUAGACAAAGCGAUAGGUCUUCAAGAAGAAGCGGAGAGGUAUUGUUGCGGGGCAAGUCGCUUCUCGAGCAAUGGAGUGUAGGCAAGGGUGAUAUGGAGACAGGUGCACCCCAGACGUAUGAGCAUGUGUCAGGCAAAGCUCCUCAGCUGUAUGAGCAUGUAUCUGAUAAAGCUCCUCAACUGCAUUAUUUGGACGAGUCUUCGUCAGCGGCUGGAAGCGCAGCAUAUCUUGAGCACCUCGAGGAGACAAGAGCUAUUAAGGUGCGAGGACACAGCGUCAUGUUUGGCCUGGGUAUAGCAUUUUUAACGGGCUUAUGUUAUGCCUUAUUUUCCCCGCUGUUCAACUUAGCAGUGAAUGACCAAUUUCACCUACUCAAGCCAGGAGUGCCACACCUUUCGGUUUAUGCAACGUUUUUUUACUUCUCGACGGCAUUUUUCAUAGUGGCGGUAUCUCUCAAUAUCUUCUUCUUGUAUAAUCCCGUGAUGGGUUUGCCGAAGUCCUCGCUAUCUGCUUAUGUGGUGGACUUCAAAGGUCGACACCUAGCUGUCAUUGCAGGGCUCGUCUGUGGCUUCGGAAAUGUUUGUCAGUUCAUGGGUGGUCAAGCAGCAGGAUAUGCAGCGGCAGAUGCUGUCCAGGCAUUGCCUCUGGUCGGCACAUUGUGGGGUGUACUUCUUUUUGGGGAAUACCACCGCUCCUCUCGGAAGACAUAUAUGCUGCUGGGAGCUAUGCUUUUUAUGUUCAUGUUGGCAGUAGUGAUUCUCAUUGCAUCUUCGACAGAAAGAUGUUGAUAUCACAAGCGCUCGCGCAUCAAAGGCCAGGAAUCCGCUGAAGCGGCUCCAUUCUCUUGAAUUCUUUCACCCCGUUCUCUCCUGUCGAGACUCGAGAGGUGUAUGGUGCAUGUAGAUUACCGCUAUUUCUCUUACGUCAUUUUUUUGUGCUUCUGAAUUUAGAAGCACACACUUAUUUAAGGAUUUGCAUUUAUGCUAUCUUAGAUAGCCAAACGUCAUAUCUCAUUGACGUGUGAAAGAUAAGAAAUCAGUUUCCUUGUGGAAUUCCCAUUCGCCCUUCCAAGAUUGAGCUGGGCGUGCAGGGUGUCUAUCCAACGAAAGGCACGGCAUCCACUUCACUGCCUUGGAGAUAAUGCAGAAGAAUCCCUGCUCGCGCUGCUCGACAAUCGUAGCUGGGUCCACUCUAUAGGUACACAUCGAAGACAGUGCUUAUUAUAACAUUAUACCAAUUGAUGCGGGAAUUCGCAAAAGCACGUCAGUCCUGACAACAUGCAGAAUAUUUUGUGAACAGGAAAGUCUUUGAACAGCCUCCCAUGUACUUACAAGAAACACCGAUACUGUUAGCUGUACAGCCCAUGAACUUAGAGUAGAAAGCAAGUUGAGAAGAAGUGUAUAGAGGAAGAGGCCUGUAACGUUAAGGGUGAUUAGCAAUUUACGUACUGAAACCUACGUUCAAUUUUGUGCAAUAAUCUUGUUCUGCUGAUUCUAAGAAGAAGAAGUCAGUCAAUUACUGCGCAUGAAAAUACAACGUGU